AUGCGGCCUUCCGUGCGGGGCUCGUCUUUGGACACUGUCUGGGAAUGUGUGGCCCCAGCGGCCGUGGUGGGAUCAGAGGGCCUGUUUUACAUACGUGUCCAUGAGCUCAUACGUGGACCAGAGCAGACAGCGCUGCACCCCCCGCCGGACCCUUUGUGGGCAAGAAAUAAUGUUGUGGAACUCGCAAACUUAAAGACCCUCCUCCUUCGCCUGGCAUUCCAACACGACCAUGGUUCCAAUCAGGACCCAACGCAAACUCAAGGACUGACAAAAAACGGGCUAAAGAGAGAACAGGGCCCAAAGCUGCUUUAUGAGGGUAAGAAUCGACGAAGAAAGGUGUAA